CCUGUGAUCGAAGCACCCCACCCCCCUCACCCCCACCUCCCCCAUCACCCUCACCAGGCUCCACCUCCCCCUGCCUACCCCUUGUACCAGGGCCGUCCCGACGCCCACCGAGGAGCACACUUCCACCACCACUACCACCCCCAUCCUCACCCCCACCCGCAGCCCGCCCACCUGGCUCCACCACCACUGCCUCCACACUACCAGCACCACGGCCACUUCCAUACAUACGGAGGGGGGGCUCCAGGUGGAGGGGCCGCCGUCCCCAGCAGCAAGAAGAAGACAUGGAACUUUAUCCAUGAGAAGAUGAGCUACGACACGUUCUUCACCAUGAAGCGUCUGAUUGAGCGCUCGCGGCGGCCUGACGAGGUGCUGCGCUGGGUCACCCAGAACCCGGCCAAGAUCUCCCACAACCACUACCCCGUCGCCCUGCAGAAAAUAGGACAGCUACUGCAGGCUACGCCACCGCCACGAACUGGAGGGGACGACACUGAGGCUUCAGGGGGAGGAGGAGCUGAGGGGGGUGACGGACGUCAGAUCCUUGAGCAUCAGGACUUUCAGACUCUCUGUAAUGCUAUCGUCAACGACUGCGCCAAGUUUGACAACUUCAGCAUUGUCAACUGUUUGUACGCCGUGGCAGCACUCGGUCUUCCCAGCGACUCUCAGGUGGUCCAGGUGUUGGAGGCGGAGUCUCAGUCCAGACUGAACCAGUUUAACCAGAAGGACGUGUCCAUGGUGUUCAGCUCUAGUAUGAAGCUCCACCCGGGAAGCCAGCACCCCCUGACCGAGGCCUGCCUGGCCGGCCUGGAGAAGAACCUGGAAAGAGAGCGCCACCCACAGACACUGUUCCUGCUGCUCUCAUACUACAGACUCAAGUGGCGCUCGCUGCAGCCGCAGGAACCCACUGCGGCUGCAGGGGGCGCUGCGGCCACCACUGCUAACAACAACAACACGCCUCCAAACCCUGAACAACUGCUUGCCAACAGGAAGAUCUUGCGUCUGGUCAAACACACUCUGGCGAGUGUCAGUGGUGUUCGUGACCAGGAGAUGGCACUGCUGGAUGAGAUGUUGGCGGCGUGCGCUCGAGAGGCGAGCAACAAGAGUCUGGAGUUGAUCUUCAGCUCUCACCUGUUCUACCAGAACAGGCAGGAGAGGUUCAUCAGCAGCCUAGCCGAGGAGUUGCCAAAGAAGGUGGACAGCAUCACUCCCUACACGAUGGCUCUGAUUGCCAAAUACAUCGCUCGCCAUCGACUGAGAGAGACACGACUGCUCGACACCAUCGCAGACUUCCUGGUGAAGAAGGCAGAAUACCUGGACAGUAAGGUGAUCCAAAAGCUGGUGUUUCCAUUCAGCAGGAUGAGUUAUCGUCCGUCCAAUGAGCAGCAGUUCUUCUCUCGGUUGGAGGAGGUGGUGGAGCUGAAGGCGCUCAGCUCUCCGCUCGCCACUGUCAACAUCCUCAUGUCUCUGUUCCAGCUGGGACAUUUUCCCGGCCUGGUGCUGCACCGAGUCUUCUCCUCUGCCUUCAUCAGCAACGUCACCAACAGUCCAUACGCUCUGAUUGUCCGGAGGUACCUCUCUCUGCUGGAUGCUGCUGUGGAGUUGGAGUACCGCGAAUACACCGGACCACGACUGCAGGAUGCCCACAAGGUCCUGAUGUUUGACCAUGUCCUGACUGCCGAUGAGGUCAACCGCAAGUACAGUUAUAAGGGUCUGGUGGCUGAGGCCUUGCGUCAGCUGGUUGGAGAACAAAACUACAAACAGGAUGAAGUACUUGCCCCGGGAUACUACACAGACUUUGUGUUGUGGAUGGACAAUUCUGGUCGGGUUCUACCCAUCAGGACAGGAGCUGGUCUGGCUCUGAGCAUUGUUCCUCCGUCCUGUGUCGCCGUGGCAUCCAAGCCGACUGAUGGUGCGGUUGCCGUGGUGACUUCAGAGUUCCAGAGGUUCUCUCCAUUUGCGGCACUGGAGGAGGGUGCUGAGCAGCCAUGUCAGGUGGCCGAGGCGAUGGGUGGGGCCAUGGAGGCCAGGUCCUUCCUGCCCCACCACAUCCGCAGCACAACGGGUGCCACGGUGUCCUCGGGACCCCCUCGGCCCGGAGCUAACGGCGGCCACUUGGACUAUGGCCCCUAUUAUGUCCCCGCAGCAGAGUACUACUCCAGUCUGGCAAAGGAGCACUCACUGGAGAGCCAGGACAGCUCCACGCUCAGCAGCCCCCCCUCUGAUGGCCUGGCCCCGCCUCAGGGACCUGCAGGGGCCGCGGCCCCAGACUCACUCUUCCAGUUUUCCAUCGGGAAGAUCCUGGAGGACGAGGGCGGCACAGGGGCCCCAGGGAACCAGGGGACAGACUGUGAGCUGCCAGGUUUCUACGAGGGCGUGACGUAUUCUGAGGGGUCCGGGAAUGACAGAGGGCCCACAUCAUCGCCACAGCUUCAGCCCCCCGAUCGACCAGAUCCUGACACCCUCUCAACAGACCAGAGACAAAUCAGGAGGGUCAUCAUGUCCG